AUGAAGCACUCAGCCAGCACCAUCGCCAUCCUUGUUUCCGCCUUCAUCAGCGCCUCAGCCGCGCCGAUUGAGCAAAACAUCCCCGCCCCGGAAGAAGCACCCCCCGAGGGAGUCUUCUACCUGUCCGUCCGCGAUGACGAUGUCACCUCGAUGUCCGCCGACGGUUACGAGAACUAUUCGGGAUACGGCGAUGACUAUGGCGCCCUCAACGGGGACUCCGAGUCUGGGGAGUUCGAGUCCUCCGAGAACGCCGAAUCCGCCUUCGAGGGAUCCGAGGAGGGCGAGGGCGGCUAUGAGGGCUCGCAGUUCGACGAUCGCAGUCUGGAACCACGCCACCACAUGCCUCACGUGUGCGGGCCCGUGCCGAUGCCUGCGCCUGCGCCAGUCGUCGUGGCACCUCCUCCUCCUCCUCCCGUCGUCGUGCCGGCUCCAGCUCCAGCUCCUGUCGUGGCACCACGCCCCGUCGUGGCACCGCCUCCCGUCGUCGUUCCAGCCCCAGCUCCAGCCCCGAUCGUGGCACCACGCCCGGUCGUUGUGCCGCCUCCUGCGCCUAUCGUAGCACCACGCCCGAUCGUCGCACCACCUCCCGUCGUCAUCUCAGCUCCGGCCCCGGUCUUUGCACCUGGGCCUUCCGUCGUGACAGCUCCGGCCCCGGUCAUCCUCACGGCUCCUGCUCCGGUCGUCAUCCCAGCUCGGGCAACAACAACGCUCGUGGCCCCUGCGAUAGCCACGACUUCGGUCUUGCCGAGGACGACAACAACCCUUGUGGCCCCUGCGGUAGUCACGGCUUCGGCCUUGCCGAGGACGACAACAGUGAUGGCGCCCAGGCCAGUCACCACGCCAGCGCCCAUCAUCGUCUCGGUCCCCGCGGCGCCCAGGCCAGUCACCACGCCCGCGCCCAUCAUCGUCUCGGUCCCCGCGCCCGCGCCCGCUCCUGUGCCGAGGCCAGUCACCGUCCCCGUCCCAGCUCCGGCUCCAGUUCCCAGGCAGUACCCAUACCCCGUGCCUGUCCCGGCCCCAGUCCCUCAGGUCAUGCCUGUCCCAGCUCCGGCCCCUCAGAUCGUGCCUGUCCCAGCCCCGGCUCCUCAGAUCGUGCCCGUCCCAGCCCCGGCUCCCCAGGUGGUUCCCGUCCCAGCGCCUGUCCCUCAGCCGAUGCCCGUCCCCGUCGCCGUUCCCCGGCCGGUGCCCGUUCCCGUCGGCUACCCCCGGCCCUUCUGCAGGGGAGACGACUGCGAUGAUGACGACGACUAG